AUGUCGCUUUCCACAGAGUGCGAGCUGCCAGAAGAGCUCCUCGACCACAUAGUGUCCUUCUCCACGCGCAAGACCCUCACGAGGCUAUGCUUCGUAUCAAAACAGCUCUGCCGACUUGCAACCGCCCAUUUGUAUUCAGUCGUCAUCCCAGGCGCGUCUAAUGACGCAUACAAAAACGUGUCUCACGUUACUCACUUAGCACAUACGCUGCUCAAGUCGCCAGCGCAUGCUCGUCUCGUUACUGGAGUUGUAUUAGAACAGGCCUGGGGCCCCAACCCAGAAUAUGCCGAAGAGGACGGCCCGGAGUGUCCCUGGCCAGAUGUUGGAAUUCAUGGUUUGGAAACCUUGUUGAGAAGCAAGCUUGCCAAAUUCGCGUUAAAUCAAGCAGAUGCAGAGUCAGUCUACGAUAAGAUCAAGACCGGAUUGAACGAGGACGUUAUUGUUGCAUUGCUGCUAGUCAGUCUUCCGAACCUGAGGCGGUUGGACAUGAACGCCGGCUUUUCUGAUGGCCACCCCGACUUCGUAUCAGUCUUCGAACUCCUUGCUGACCAGCUCAAGUCGCGCGACGACCAUUUAACUCCGCAAGUUGAUGUAAUGGUCAGGGGGGAUGACGACAAGUAUCCCAACCCACCUGUACAUGUUGCAGCCUUGAUGCACAUGCCAAAUCUUCGCUCCAUCUAUGCAUGGAAGAUGGGUGAUCACGAAGGAGAUGCGGGUCCAGACUUUGCUCGACUGAAACCCCGCUCGAGCCCAGUCGAAUACAUUGAGCUGCGGACCUCAAAACUACACAACGACAACUUUCGACUCUUGAUGAAUGCCACUAAACCUGGUAGCCUCAAGACGCUGGUCUACGAGAUCGGUUGUGCAUGGGCAUGGUGCCAGAUAUCCCAUCUAGACAUCAUGACAAGUCUACAAGCGCACCACCAAACUUUGGAGGCUCUGUGUUUGAGUCACGAAAAGUUUUACCCCCAUCAAUUCGACAAUGAUUACGAGAAACCAUAUCCUUGCGAUUUCAAGCCAUUCACUGCGCUCAAACGUCUCAAAGUCGCGCCCGUCUACAUUUGGGGAAUCGAAGGUUUUAGCAACCAAGCAAACUUGGCAGAUGGUGCGACGAAAGAGAUGCUGUGGAAAUCGCUCCCUGCCAGCUUGCAACAGCUAUGGAUCUGCCGCGCAGAGUCCCAAGCCAAGCCUCCACCUGACAACGACGCCGAAACUCUGCGCUUCGAAGACGACUGCCUACUGCCCGCUUUAAAUCUCGUCGUUCGGAAGAAAGAAGCCUUUCCCAAACUCAACGAAAUCGUUAUCGAGCUUCCGCCCAGGAAGUGGCCAAAGCACGAGACCUUUAACAACUUGGAAUCAUUUUGUCGGGGUGCGCAGAGUCUUGGCAUCCGGACAAGGAUCAUUCUCUCCGAUGUCAUCGGUGGACUGGAGGAGCGUAAGUGGGGCUGGGAAGAGGAGGUUGAGUGGGGAGAUUGCCUUGCCAAUCAGGGGACGAAAAAGAUGCUGGUCGAGGUUGAUGCUGUGGAUGAUCUGGCGAGAUUGAUACGAGAGGUGACGAAUGAAGCAGAUGCCAAAAUGCCACGUCCUCGAUAG